AGGAAGGGGCGGGCGGCGGCGGCGGAAGGGAGCGCGGCGGCUUCUCUUCUUGAGGCCGCGCCGGCAGCAGGAAAAAAUGGCUGCAGAGGAGAAGUGGAAAAGUUUGCCUUCUAAAGAGCCCAAGGGGGCUGAAGGGGCAGGUGAGAAGGAGCUGUGUGUACCCCUAGGCCAACGGCUGGCUGAAGCGGGAAGGUUUGCUUAUGCGGCGCUCUGUGGGAUAUCCCUGGCGUGGCUCUUCCCUGAGGAUGAGCAAAGCUCCUUCAGGACCGAAUUCAUUGAGGGCUUUGUGAAAUGGCUGGACCUGCCUGAAGCUGUCUUACCUGCCAUGACAGCAUUUACUAGUGGCUUAGAAGGUGAGGGCACAGAAACUUUUGUCCAGAUUUUGCUGAAGGAUCCCACCUUGAAAGAAAAUCCAGUUGUCAUUACCCAAGACCUUCUAUCCUUCUGUCUUAGAGAUGGGUACUAUGAUGCUCGAGCAAGGGUGUUGAUCUGCCACAUCACCUGGUUGCUGAAAAUCCCCCUGGAGGAGCUGGAAGCCCUGGAGGAAUCUCUGCUUGAGAGCCUGAGGGAACAAAAGGUGGAAGAGGCUGAAACUGCAGAAGUAUCCAGAAAAAAGAAGGAAAGAAGCAAAAAGCUGAAGAGAUGCCUGCUGAUUGGUUUGGCCACUGUUGGAGGAGGAACAGUGAUUGGCUUGACAGGGGGUCUUGCUGCCCCUCUGGUUGCUGCAGGAGCUGCUGCUAUCAUUGGAAGUGCUGGAGCAGCUACCUUAGGUUCCACUGCGGGGAUUGCUGUCAUGGCAUCACUCUUUGGAGCAGCUGGAGCUGGACUUACUGGAUACAAGAUGAAGAAGCGUGUGGGAGCCAUAGAAGAGUUUGAAUUCCUCCCACUUACUGAAGGAAGGCAGCUUCAUAUCACCAUAGCAAUUACCGGAUGGCUCUGCACAGGCAAAUAUGGGAGCUUCACAGCACCAUGGAGCAGCAUGUUGCACUCCAGCGAGCAGUACUGCCUGGCCUGGGAAACCAAGUACCUGAUGGAGCUUGGCAAUGCCUUAGAUUCCCUGCUGAAUGGUUUUGUGAGCAUGAUGGCUCAGGAAGCCCUAAAAUUCACUGUCUUGUCAGGUAUUGUGACAGCCUUGACUUGGCCAGCUUCACUCCUGACUGUGGCCAGUGUAAUUGACAACCCCUGGGGAGUGUGUCUCCAUCGUUCUGCUGAGGUUGGAAAACACCUGGCACACAUCCUGCUCAGUCGACAGCAGGGCAAACGACCUGUCUCACUGAUUGGCUUCAGUUUGGGUGCAAGAGUAAUUUAUUUCUGCCUGCAGGAAAUGGCUCAAGAAAAAGACUCUCAAGGGAUCAUUGAAGAUGUGGUUUUACUGGGAGCUCCAGUGGCAGGAGAAGCUAAGCACUGGAAAGCUAUCAGGAAAGUGGUGUCAGGCAGAAUCAUAAAUGGUUACUGCAGGGAGGACUGGCUGCUGAGGUUUGUAUACAGAACCUCUGCUGUCCAGAUCAACGUUGCAGGCCUCCAGCCAGUGGACUUGGAUGACAGGAGGAUGGAAAACAUGGACCUUUCAUCUGUAGUGAACGGCCACCUGGACUACAUGAAGCAAAUGGACAUGAUCCUAAAAGCUGUGGGCAUCAAAACCAAGGAGUGCCAGCUGGAAGAGAAGGGCAGCAGGAGUCUUUUGUCCCCUCAAGCCAAGAAAUCAGAGCGGGCAGCAGGCAGUGAGGCUGCAGGAGAGGAAGAUGUGGCAUGAGAGGAGAAUGCAGCUGAUGGUGAGGCUCUCCCAGCUGGCCACACUCGCUGCUAGGGUUCCUCCAGCCACCUCCUGGGGGAAACCUCCCUCCCCUGACCAGCCUCUUCACACAGUGGGGACAGCAGGGAGCAGGCAGCAGGAAAAGGAGCAGAUUAGAGCUGUGUGGGGCAGAGGUGCUCAGCCAGCACCAAAACCACUAUCAAAGCAGCGUCCGUUGCACUGGGACUCCCAAAGGAGUGUCAGGAGAGCUGGCAGAGCUAUAGCUGCAGCUUUCAGAGCCUGGCACCAGGACCAGAGUCCUGUUACUGGAUCCAAGCUUUUGGAGCAGCCACCCACAGCAUCUCCCACAGAUGAGAAGGGGCUGAUUCCUGCCUGAAUCAGCACUGCUCCUCAGGAAGCAGUGGCACUUCCCUCCUGGCACAAACUGGGCUUAUUCUUGAGGGAAGCAGCUGUCACCAGCAGGGACUGUGUCUCUGCUACAUAACUCUUGGGAAAGCAGGUGGCUCUGUGGGUAUUUUUAAGCUAUAUCAUGGAGAGGGGCUUGUUACUAGGACAUUAAAAUGAGUUUCCCACCAGUGGUUGAUGUGGGUUUCAGGCGAGCAGGCAUGUUGCAGGCUCUGGGUGCCCAGCUCUGUACAUCUGAGCAUCCCCACUUCAGCUCUGCUAGCUGGGGAGGUGAAGGGCUCUGGCAACCUGGCUUCUGUCUCCCAUCUGCUGCUGGUUUGCUGCCAGGGCUUGGGCACUUCCCAGUCAACAGGACUGUUCCUCACUCUGGAAGCUGAGGGUGAUGAGCAUUUGAGGCCUCCCUGCUAUUAGAAACCUGCUUCAAGUCCCUGGGUGGAAUCAGAAGAAACAGAGUGGGCUUUUAUGAGUUACUACUUUGUGAAACUUCCUCCCAGGUUUUGCAAGCCAGCAACCCACAGAGACUUUUGUUUCAUGUCCCACACACUUCUCCAGCCUUAAAAGCCCCCCCUGUACAUAUUUUUAAUUGGCUUAGAAUAAAACCAAUACUUGGCAGAGGAUAAACAUGAA